AUGGCUCUGCAGGUGGGAAACGGGAGUGCCUUGGGGAUGUCGGAGCAGGGGAACCUCAGCCUGGAAGUUAUCGACUACAACAUGAGCUCCACCAACAGCUCUGUCCUUCCUAAACCGGCUGCCAGAGCCCGCGAGAUGGACACGUUUCGUAUCCUGCUCUACUCGCUCAUCUUCCUGCUCAGCGUCUUCGGCAACCUGUUGAUCAUUGUGGUCCUGAUGGUGAACAAGCGCAUGCGAACCGUCACCAACUCCUUCCUGCUGUCGCUGGCGGUCAGCGACCUGAUGAUGGCCAUCUUCUGCAUGCCCUUCACUCUGAUCCCCAACAUCCUGGAGGACUUCAUCUUCGGAGCCAGCAUGUGCAAGAUAGCUGCCUACCUAAUGGGGGUCUCUGUCAGCAUCUCUACCUUCAGCCUGGUGGCCAUCGCCAUCGAGAGGUACAGCGCCAUCUGUAACCCCCUGAAAUCACGUGCAUGGCAGACUCGCUCCCAUGCCUACCGUGUCAUCGCUGCCACCUGGAUGGUGUCGCUGCUAAUCAUGGUGCCCUAUCCUGUCUUCAGCGUCCUCAAGACAUUCCCAAAGGUCAAUGGUACCACAGGCCACCAGUGUCGCCUGGACUGGCCCAGUCAGCAAGUGGAGCAGACCUGGUACAUGCUGCUGCUGUUCACCCUGUUCUUCAUCCCGGGUGUGGUGAUGAUCAUAGCGUACGGUCUGAUCUCCAGAGAGCUCUACCGAGGGAUUCAGUUCGAGCUGAGCCAGAACAAAGACACUGCCGGUCAAAGGAAUGGAAUAGGUAGGGCUAUGGCGAAUGACGAUGACGACGGCUGCUACAUUCAGGUGUCAAAAAAGCCCACUUUUGCUGUGGAGCUUCCCACCCUCUCCGCCUCAUCUAGCACCGUCCAGCUCAAGACUGAGCGAGCUCGUAGUAACACGUCAGAGGCUAAACUUCAAGCCAAGAGACGCGUCAUCCGCAUGCUGAUGGUGAUCGUAGCCCUCUUCUUCAUCUGCUGGAUGCCCUUGUACUCAGUCAACACCUGGAAGGCCUUUGACCCCAUGUCUGCCUCCAAAGCCCUCUCCGGAGCACCCAUCUCCUUCAUCCACCUGCUGUCCUACACUUCGGCCUGCGUCAACCCCAUCAUUUACUGCUUCAUGAACACUCGUUUCCGCAAGGCCCUACUGGCCACCUUCGCCUGCUGCUGUCGUAACCGCCUGUGCCGCCGCUGCCAGUGGGGCAGGAGGAGGGAGGGCGAAGAUGGCAUCAACGCCACCUCCAUGGCCACGUCGAUGGUGACCUCCAUGUCCAAGUUCAGCUACACUACAGUCAGCUCUACCGGAACCUACUGA